AAUAUGGCUGAAUAAUUUGUCCUAUGGCUAUGGGAAUGCACGUUUGCAGUUUUUUUUUCGCCUUUUUCAUAUAAUCUGCACGCUUUUAGGCUUUAGUUUUAUCUAUCAAUGUCAACGACGUAAGAAAAUAGGUACAAGCCUGUUAUCAACAAGUCAUAAAUAAUUCAAUGUCUGUCUCUCUUUGCCUCUUCAUUCGUCCCCACCCACUUGAACCGGAACUUCUUCUCGGGAUUUGCAGCCCUCCCCAUCGGUCCGUAGCGCUGACAUCCAGCCCCAACACCGGUCCACGCGCACGGUGCGUCCGCCGCUUUCUCCUCCACGCACAAAAUGCGUGCGGUUUUACGACGCCUGGGAUGUCGGCCCGUUGUUUAGCCUACAUCGACUCGAAGUGACACAUCUCUCCUCCGUGACAGCUUCUCUGUGGACAGGAUCUCCGGGCGCUGCCAUGGAUGCUCCCGGUGCGCUCUGGUGAUCCAUGUUGACCAGCUUGGUGCGGUCGUUUCAGCGCAUUAAACGAUCAUUUAUACACCCUCUCCCUACCGGACUACAGGGUUGUUAAAAGGGGGGGACGAUGGGGAGCACGACCUCUUGCUGCGUGUCUGGUAGCCCCAAGCUCCGCAGAAAUGCCCACUCGAGGCUGGAAUCGUACCACCAAGAUUCGGAUCUGAGCAGGGAGGAGACUGGAUGCAAUCUGCAGCACAUCAGCGACAGGGAGAACGUUGAUGAGCUGAACAUGGAGCACAAUCCAUCGGACCAUCCGCGGGCCAGCACUAUAUUUCUCAGCAAAUCUCAGAACGAUGAGGUGCCUUACAGGAAUGUGCGAGAGAAGCGAAAGAGCCUCUUCAUCAAUAAUCAUGGCACAGGGAGAAGGAAAUACAGCUCCUGUUCAACCAUCUUCCUAGACGACAACACCGUCAGCCAACCCAACCUUAAAUACACCAUCAAAUGUGUAGCUCUGGCAAUUUACUACCACAUAAAAAACAGGGACACAAAUGGAGGAAUGCUACUAGAUAUCUUCGAUGAGAAGCUUCACCCACUUUCAAAAUCAGAGGUUCCUCUGGACUAUAACCAGCACGACCCUGAGCAGAAGCAGAUCUACCGGUUUGUCCGAACACUGUUCAGUGCUGCUCAGCUGACCGCAGAAUGUGCCAUCGUCACACUGGUGUAUUUGGAGCGACUCCUGACUUAUGCAGAGAUUGACAUCUGUCCAGGAAACUGGAAAAGGAUUGUUCUUGGGGCCAUCCUGCUGGCCUCAAAGGUCUGGGAUGACCAGGCCGUCUGGAACGUCGAUUACUGCCAGAUCCUCAAGGAUAUCACAGUGGAAGACAUGAAUGAAUUAGAGCGGCAGUUUCUGGAGCUGCUCCAGUUCAACAUCAACGUGCCGUCCAGCGUCUACGCCAAGUACUACUUCGACCUGCGAUCACUCUCAGAAUCCAACAACCUCAGUUUCCCCCUGGAGCCACUCAGCAGGGAAAAAGCCCAAAAGCUGGAGGCUAUUUCCAGGCUUUGUGAUGACAAGUAUAAAGAUGUCCGAAGAGCUGCCAGGAAGCGCUCGGCCAGCAUGGAUAACCUGUGUGGGAGACAGUGGGUUCCUGCUAUCCUUUCCUAACCACUAAUCAACUAUCACAUCCUGGAUAGUGGCAUCAAGUAAAAGACUGAAUGAGAAACUGUCUGAAAACACUGUUUAGUGGAAAUGGACCAAUAUCUUUUGGGUUUGGAUGGAUCUGGGAUGCAGAACUUGGUGGAACAGCUACUGGUAUCCAACACCAACCACUGGAGGUCACACCUUCAAAACAGAGUAAAGAAAUUUAAACUACAUGUGUAGUUCUGGAUGAUGAGAUGAAAUCCGUGGAGAGUUCUAUCGUACUGAUGCCUUCACAGUGCCUCAGCUUGUUUGUUCACAUAAGCUCAUAGGAGUUUCUGGUUUUUAUUUAACCUGUGGAGGAAAAAACAUAACCUUGAACCAGAAAGGAGGUUCCUUCAUGUUAUAAAGCAAAUGUAAUGAAGAGAACCUCUGCCCAAAUUUCCAGUUUUGUCCGGAGUCAUCUGUGUCUAACCUGGUUUCUAAGUUAGGACAUUCAGUUGGCCCCUGAGAAGCUAUUUGUUGGUUCUUUUAAUUGAACCUUGGAGCAACACUGGACUUUGUUCCAGUAAUUUACUUUCUUUGACAGGACAGAAUAAUAAAAGUGUUUGCUAGAUUUUUUCCUUUGAAAAUCUACAGUUUACGGUAUUUCUAGUGUACCUCUUAAUACUCAGGCAGUGUUCAUGAUAUGUUGAUUCACAUUAAUACUUCUCAUUUGACUUAGAUCAAGGUAAAAAAUGCAAAGUUUGAAAUAUUAAAUACAAAGAUGGAAAGUUCAGAAGGAAAAUUGAAAAAAAAUUUAUGAUGUUCCCACAGAUGUUAUUUUGCACCUAUGGGGACGUUCAAUCACCAAAAUCACAAGAACAUUUUUAAUGAAACAGUGUAGAGUGAAGUGUACCUAACAGCAUGUUUUCCAGACUAGUAUUAACUCAAUUUUGUCAAGUGUUUUAAAAAGUCAAGGAGCUUCACGCAGUAUAAAGCACACCUCUGUAAAUUAUUCAAGCAUUGCAACAAAGGGUAAAUAAACUUAUAUAAUAGUGAGAUUUCUUGCAGAACUCUUCAACGUUCUUAAAAAAAAGUCAUCUGAACCUAUGUGGUUUCGCGUUUACAAUCCAAGCAAAUCUAAAAAUCUUCAGAAAGUAAAUAAAUAAGUAAUCAGUCAAUCAGACGCUUUCCAGUAACUUUUCCAUGACUGGUUUAAAGCAUGUAAACUAAACUACAGUCGAAGUAGUUUUUCUAACCAGAAAAAAGGAAAAUACAACAUAUACUGCAGUACAUACUGUAUGUGAGACUCUGUUUUUCAGAUCAGACCGAAACAGUUGCUGAGUCCAUCAUUAUAAUUCUUACCAGGUUAAAUGUGGUUAAAAAGUUGUUCCACAAACCCCUAUUGCACAUAAAGUCUUAUAAAUGCGCAGAAACCCUUGUGUGAACAUAUUAUUUUUUCCUCUAUUAGCAGAAGUAAUUUUAACUUUUACCUUUUGUAAUUUAUAAUCUCUUAUGUGCAUCUUCUAAAGAUGGCAAUGGUAACCUGGCUAGUUAGCAUCUUCAUAGGGACGAUUUUUUUUGUGAAAACUGUUUACAAUCACUUUUUUUUAUUUUUGAAGAAGAGUUGGACCGAUGACUCAACCAUACAGUUACUCUAAAACUCAAACUUGUGGCAGUUUUAGAUUUAAAGGGCUCAUUUACAGAGUCAUUAUUUUAUUUUAGUGAUUAUUUUUCUCAUUUUGCAUAUUGCUAAAACACCUUCUGUCUGCAAUGCUCCAUCCUAGCUCAUCUCUCGAAUACAUCCCAAAAUGCCCAAUCUGAACUGACUGGUCAAUGACGCAUUUUCUGGCAAAACCUUCACCUUUUUCUAAGGUGCAUAGAGAGAAGUUAGACAUCAGGUGGCAACCACAGCCAAUUCUUUGCUUGAGGGUUUGCCAAAUAAGCCUUUGGGAUUAGGGUUAGGUGUUAUGAUCCCAGGAAGGCAAGGCUGCUCUACAAAUGAGAUAUUUCAGAAAGUUUAGGUGCAGUGGCUUCAGUGGGGUAGAUUUUUUUUUUUUUUUUUUUUAUGAUUUUUGGAUUUACAACAUUCCUUUUACAAGCAAAAAAAUCUUUCAAAACGCAAUAGAAUGGAGGGGAAAUUAUACGUAGCAUCAUAUGGACUUUUUUAAUAAGCUCUGAAGUCAAACCU